GUCAAUUUACAUUUAAACCGAUUUUACCGCUAAACCAACCAUUCGUGUUGUUCGAUUGAUCUCUUUCAGACUAUACUGCAUCGUGUCUAUGUCUCUGAGAUGGAUUUUCUAACGCCUAGCUUCUGACGUUUGAAGAACAAAAUCCUCCCUUGCAUUGCGCAGUGGAAGAAGUUGCAGCCAGCACCAGCAAUCCUAUCGUCUUACAUUCAAGCAUUUUUUGGACAAUGGCCGCGUUCUCUUGGCCCCAUGAAGCCGAGUUAAAUCGAAUGAGAAAGGUAGUUUCAGAAAUGGCUGGGGUAGAUAAAGAGAAAGUUCGAGUUGUGGUAUCUCCUUAUCGAAUUUGCCCUUUGGGAGCACAUAUUGAUCAUCAGGGGGGGACUGUUUCAGCUAUGACAAUCAACAAGGGAAUACUUCUGGGGUUUACACCUUCUGGCAGUAGUGAGGUUGUAAUUCGAUCAGGACAGUUUCGAGGAGAAGUUAAGUUCAGAGUUGACGAGGUUCAGCAGCCAAGACAACCUCUUCAGAAUAAUAAUGUGAAUCAGACAAAAGAUUCCUCUCAGCAAGAAGAAUGUGAAUGGGGGCGUUAUGCUAGAGGAGCUGUGUAUGCACUACAAAGUAGGGGAAACAAUCUUUCCCAGGGUAUCAUAGGAUUCAUCUGUGGUUCUGACGGUUUGGACAGUUCAGGAUUAAGCUCUUCUGCUGCUGUUGGAGUAGCUUACCUCUUGGCCAUGGAAUAUGCAAAUAAUCUAUCAAUAUCUCCUAAAGAAACUAUUGAUUAUGAUCGGUUGAUUGAGAAUGAAUAUUUGGGUCUGAAAAAUGGCAUAAUGGACCAGUCAGCAAUAUUACUCUCAAGCCCUGGUUGUUUGAUGUUCAUGAAUUGCAAGACCAAGGAACACACACUUGUACACUUACCAGAGGCUAACUCUGAACCACAGAAAGCAAUCAAAAUAUUGCUGGCACUUUCAGGUUUGAAGGAAGCCUUAACCAACAACCCUGGAUAUAAUAGGAGAGUUGCAGAGUGCCAAGAGGCUGCAAGAAUUCUUCUUCAAGCAUCCGGAGAUAAUAAAGCAGAUAUCAUCCUAUCUAAUGUUGACCAAGAAGUUUAUGAAGCUCACAAGGGCAAGUUGGAACAAAAUUUAGCCAAAAGAGCAGAGCAUUAUUUCUCAGAAAGUAUGCGUGUAAUGAAAGGAAGAGAAGCAUGGGCAUUGGGAAGAGUAGAAGAUUUUGGAAAGCUCAUCGCAGCUUCUGGUCUGAGUUCCAUUAAAAAUUAUGAAUGCGGUGCCGAACCACUGAUUCAGCUGUACCAGAUUCUUUUGAAAGCUCCCGGAGUCCUGGGAGCACGCUUUAGCGGUGCCGGGUUUAGAGGGUGCUGCAUCGCAUUAGUGAAGGCUGAUCAUGCAGCUGAAGCUGCAUCAUUUGUCAGGUCAGAAUAUCUCAAAGUCCAGCCCGAGUUAGCAAGCCGAGCAAAUGAAGAAACAGCAGUUUUAAUAUGUGAAUCUGGUGAUUGUGCUCGUAUAAUCUAGGACUCAUGCUUUUGCAAUUACUUUUUCAUCUAUCAUUCUUUAAGAUCACAAAUGACAGCCAAUUAUCUCAUUCUUUGUAUCUUAGCCGUUUCCUUCUUUCCUCUUCCUGUGCUACCUCUUGUUGGGAGAUGCUGGAACUGAGGAGGAUGUAAGUUGUGAUGUUAAUUUUUUUGGACCAUAAUCCUCUACCGCACCAUGGACCGAGCAGCACGGUGCUGCGCGGUUCUUGCACAGCAGAGGAUGAGACCCUAAAUUUUCUUGUGUUUCUUUUAUUAGUUCCUGUCAUGAGUACAAUAAACUGGGUAGAUCCUAGCUCUUUCUCACUUCUGUCAAUGGUUGCAAGUUGAACUAGUUUUUCUAUCUUGACUUGAUUAACUAAAUUAAUUCGGUUAAUAUUUG